CCCCCGGCUCUGCUUCUGCGCAGUCUCCGGGAAUUGUUUGCAGUCUCUAUGGCAACCCGGUAGCUCGGGUAGGAAGAUGGACACCACCGAGUCUACCGAGGGGUCGCACCUACGUUCUUCAGAAGUUCAGCCCAGCUCCGGAGGGCCAGAGUCCACUUCAGAACAGUUCCCUUCUUCGGAUGGCAGUCCCAGGACUGCCCUGGCAGCCGCCACCUCAGCAGCUGCAGCCGCCGCAUCAGCUGCAUCAGCUGCUACAGCCGCCUCCACCGCCAAAGCAGCUGCGUUGUGUGCCAAGAGCAGGGCGCCCUAUUCCGGGUUCACAGAGCCUUCCUCUGACAGUCUUGAACCCAGCCCUCCCCGCAAGACAGGCCACAGGGGUCUCUGCCUCGAGCCACUUUACAUCUACACGGCUCGGGACCCCUAUACUACAACUGAGAGCUCCACCCCUGGGCCUGGUCUCUGCAGCAGCUCAGGUGCUGGCCAACCCUCGGCCCUUGGCUCCAGCUCUAGUCCUGGCCACCCCUCCGCUGUUGGCUCCAGCUCUAGUCCUGGCCACCCCUCAGCUGUUGGCUCCAGCUCUAGUCCCGGCCACGCCUCGGUCCCUGGCUCCAGGCCUGGUCCAGGUCAUGGCUCUGCCCCUGGCUCCAGCUCUGGUCAAGGCCAUGUCUGUAUUGCGACCUCUGAUUUGGAUCCUGACUCUGGCUCUGGCUUGGGUCCUAGCCACGGCUUGGGCUCAGUCCCUGGCUCUCGCUCUGGGCAAAGAUCUGAUCCUGCCUCUCAGCCUGGUCCAGCCUCUCAGCCUGGUCCAGCCUCUGGCACCUCUCCGAAGUUCAGAAGCCUUGGGACAGAUAUGACCCCUGACUAUGCCUCCCUGGGUGACCAGUGCCCCUGGGAGGCUGAAAAACCACAACAGUGGGAGUUUCUGCAAGUCUCUGAGCCAGGUUCCCGUGGACCAUGGAAGUCUUCCCAGGUCGCAAGGAAGCCCUGGGUUUCUAAGGAGAUGCCACUGCGGGGCCAGUGUCUCCUCCACAACUGGGAGGAAGAGAGAGCCACCAACCACUUGGAUCAAGUCCCAAGCCUGCAUGAUGGCUCCGAGAGUUUCUUCUUCCGGCAUGGACACCUGGGGCUGCUGACCUUGCACCCGCGGUCACCCAUGUCUUCCAGCACCACCCACAAAGACUCUUUCCCGCCCCCAGCAAACCUCCACCAGCCACUACGAGGGAAGCGUGAAGCCAUGGUAGAGAUGCUCCUUCGUCAACAGAUCUGUCAGGAAGUACAGGCUGAGCAGCAGCCCACAGGGAAGUUGUAUGAAGUCCAGUCUGUGACACACCAGGACUACCGAAUGGAGCUGGUGCGUUCAGGGCCCCCCGCCCCAACAAAGCCUCAUGACUACCGAAAGGAACAGCCCGAAACCUUCUGGAAGCAGAGGGCACCACAGCUGACGGGUGUCAGCAACAUCAGGACGCUGGACACCCCAUUCCGGAAGAACUGCAGCUUCUCCACGCCGGUGCCGCUGUCCCUGGGCCAGCCUUUGCCCUAUGAAGAUGAGAGUCACCCCUUUGGACCAGGAGCUGUGUCCUCCCUCGCUUGUCAGGGAGGGGGCAGAACCACUCCCAUCUAAGGGGCGGCACAUGGGCUCUCCCUGGGUUUGGAAUGCAGAGGUGGAAAUGAAGUUCAUUUUCUCUGCGCUUGAUGAAGAUGGUGUGACAUAAAGGGUUCUGUCUCA